AUGAGCCGCCGUUCGCCGUCCACAGAACCGUUUUCAUCCGUCAACCUUCCGACUGAGGAGCAGUGGGACACUAUCCAAGAUCUCUGUCGCGCCAACUCUGCGCCGUCUGGCGCCGUCGCCACUCAUACAGAAGCUAUCCUCGAAGAGGGCUCGACGGACCUGGAGCUCUACGACGAGCAGCUGGAGCGCUAUGAGGAGGAGAUAGCGGCUUUGAAGGAGGCUUAUGACGCAGUGGCUGGCGAGAGGGACGUGCUUCGCGCGUAUAUGAUGGCCUGCAGGAGCACGCUGGCGCCAAUUCGGCGUCUGCCGCCCGAGCUGCUUCUCGAGAUCUUCAAGCACAUGUCGCCCACCAAAAAGACCUAUCUAGCGGACAGAUCGAGCAUCUACUCGGAGGGCAUCUCAGACCUGUCGACGGUGGCCGAAGUCUGCGUGCAUUGGCGGCGUAUCAUCAUUGGGACGCCGGUCCUCUGGUCUAAUAUGAACAUGCGCAGUCAAGGCUCGGACUUCAUCGUCCUCCCGAUAAUUCGACUCUGUUUGAAACACUCCGCUAGCUUGCCUCUCGAUAUUGUCUAUGAUCCCGAGCGGGACUCGCGGCGCGGUUUGCGACUCCUCGCAACGCAUGCUGAACGGUGGCGGCGCCUGGAGUUCAGGCUAUCUGUCGAUGACUACGGCACGAGGGCGUCGAUACCCGCCAUUCGCGGCCGCCUUCCAUUGCUCGAGUCCCUCUCCAUUUCCAGCUAUCUUUCUCUGGCAGGCAUCGACGCCUUCGAAGUGGCGCCAAAGCUGACAACAGUCAGAUUUAACAAGGUUCCGCCCAAGCUGCCCUGGGCUCAACUCUUCAGCGUCACAGCCGAGUUGGACAACUACCCCUGGCCGAAGAGCCUCGAGGACAUACGCGCCCAACUCGCUUUCCUCGCCGAGUGUUUUCCUUCUUGCGCCGUUACCAUUCCACAGCUGCGCAUCGAUGAAAUUCCGUUGUCCUCCCCGGUGACCGAUCUCCAGCUCAGUGGCAAUGUCGGCUGUCUAUCAAUCGGCGUCGUCACGAGGAAACUGCAACCCGAAGCCACACGCCAAAUCUUAGGGCAGAUUAUGCAGCUGCUUGACCUGCCCCGCCUUCAGACACUGUACAUCCGACACGUGUCGCACGCCGAUUACGACUUCAUCUCCUGGCCGCACCACGCCUUCGCCAAACUUGCCCGACGCGCCGAGGAUCUCACAAGCCUCUUCCUGCAGGACGUACUCACGACGCCAGGCGAACUGGCCGCCUCGCUCGCCCAUUGCUCCGCUCUGCGCAGCCUCUACGUGCAGGACAUCGACCGGAGCCAUGAGUGGCUGUGGGACGACGCGUGGGAGCGCGGGGUCAAGAGCGUCGAGGAUCACAUGCUGUUCACAAACGACUUUGCGAGGACCUUCGCCAACACCCGCCUCGUGCCGUGCCUCGAGGUCCUCGCCGUGGCCGGCUACUUCCUCCCCGACACGCUCGACGACGACGUGGUGGCAGACUUCCUCGCGGCCCGCAGCGCGGAGAAGGCAUUUCACUUCAAGGCGUGCAACAUCCGCGCAAGGAAGUCGGUCAACGGGCUCGAAGACACGACGCAGGACGUUUAUGUCCGGUUGCGCCAGCUGAAAGUUCGUACGGAGUCGCCGUCGCUCACGUUCGAGCUUGUCCCUUGGACCCAGAUGCUGCAAUAUAUUUCACAGCCGUUUCCACUUGUCUGA